UUAUCAAAUUACUGAAUAUAAUCUUUUAUGUUGAAUUUGCUAAUACUCCAUAAUUAAUUUCUUCACCGGCGCGAAACAUCAACCCUCUGUCAAUCCGCCGCCCGCCGCCAUUCUUCCACCACCGUGAUUCGCCGUACAAUCCACCAUGUCCUCCACCAAUUGACCAUAAAAAACAAUCUCAGGAUUUUACUUAUUUCACAAACAAAUCAGCAAACAAGAUAAUGAUGACUCUCAGAUACGCGAGGCAGACCAGAGCCUUCCUCUCUCCUCCCUCCGCCGCCGCCGCCACCACCACCGCACUUCCACUCUUCUCCACCGCCGCCACCCAUCCCCACUCUAUUUCCUCCGCCGCUUCGUCCUACUCCUCCAAUCCCACCAUUUCGAACGGAUCCCUCUCCGAGAUACACCACGCCGGCCUCGUAUUCUACUUCCGGGAAUGGCUCAUGUCUCGAAAGACACCUAUCUUCGAUCAUAUCUUCGAAAUCCUCCGCGCACAAGAAGAUUCCUCCGCCGAUUCCGCCCUUUCUCACUUGAAUUUCGGCGUAUCGGAAGCUUUAGUUCUCGAUGUAUUGAGUUACGGGAGUAAAGAUGUACUCUCCUGCUUGAAGUUCUUCGAUUGGGCGGGCCGGCAGCCCGGCUUCCACCACACGAGAGCCACAUUCAACGCCAUUUUCCGGAUCAUAUCUCAGGCGAAGCUGAUGAAUCUAAUGGUAGACUUUUUAGAGAACUAUACGAAGCAGAGGUAUGUCCAUAAAGUAAUGUACUACAAUAUCUUGGUCAUAGGUUACGCCGUAGCAGGCAAAUCGGAGAUUGCACUCCAACUGUUUGGUAGAAUGCGGUUUCAGGGCGUGGAUUUGGAUUCAUUCGCAUACCAUGUGCUUAUGAAUUCUCUCGUCGAGGAGGGUUAUUUUGAUGUAGUGGAGACGGUGGCGAAGGAAAUUAGGAUCCGGGGGUUUCAGAAUGAGGUCACGCAUUCGAUUAUGAUGAAGAAUCUUUGCUUGCAGAAUGAGUUGGAAAGGGGAGAGGAGUAUCUGCGUGGUCUUGUCGAGGAUAACGGGGCGCGGUUGAGUGGAAUUCCUGUCGCUACCUUCGUGGCCACCUUGUGCAAGAAUAAUAAAUUUGAUAAGGCCGCAUUGUUAAUCGAGGAGUUUACGAAAAUGGGCUCCGUUUCGAUGGAGCAUGCAUAUGGUGUGUGGAUUAGGGACCUCGUCAAGGCUGGGAAGUUGGAUCGUGCCUUGGAGUUUUUGAAGGACAAGCAGGCGGUUGAGGAUUAUGUUCCGGAUGUAUUUCGUUAUAACAUGUUAAUUUCUAGGCUUGUGAGGGAGAAUAGGCUCGACGAGAUCUAUGAUCUGUUCGCUGAAAUGAAAGAGAAGGAGAUAUUGCCUGAUGUUGUCACCAUGAAUGCUGUCUUGUGCUUUUUAUGCAAGGCAGGGAUGGUGGACAUUGCAAUGGACUUGUAUAAUUCGAGGGUGGAGUUUGGCCUCUCUGUUAAUUGCAUGGCUUAUAAUUAUCUUAUAAAUACUCUAUUGGGGGAUGUCAGUGUCGAUGAAGCGUAUAACCUGUUGAGGAAUUCCAUGGAAGAGGGUUAUUUCCCUGGUGAAAGGACCUUUUCCAUUAUUGCGGACGCUCUCUGUAGAGAAGGAAAGCUUGAUAAGAUGAAGGAGCUGGUUGUUUUCAUGCUAGACCAGAAUAUCAUGCCUAGUAACUUCACGUAUGACAAGUUCAUAUCGGCUCUUUGUAAGGCCAGCAGAGUUGAAGAAGGGUACUUGUUACAUGACAUGCUCAACAGAAUAAAUAAAUCAUCUAGAGCGAGUACUUACCUGCACCUGAUAAGUGGAUUUAGUAGGUCAAGUAGAGGAGAUAUAGCAGCAAGAUUGCUCAUUGAAAUGCAAGAAAGUGGUUUUAGGCCAAGCAGGAGAUUGGUCAGAGAGGUAAUUAGCUCCUUAUGUAAAAUGGAUAAUCCGGAGAAGCAAUUCUACGGGUUGCUUGAGAUGCUGCUGGCUCGUAAUCAGUUGCCCACGUCUCGCAGUUACAACUUAUUAAUUGAUGGAGCUGGACAUGCGGGGAAGCCUGAACUGGCCAUGCUAGCAUAUGAAAUGAUGAAAAGCGGCGGUCUUCUACCUGAUUUGAAGUCCGAUAUCAUAUUGUUGCAAAGUUAUCUGAAAAGCAAAAAAACUGCUCAUGCUAUGGAGCUGUUCGGCGAUUCGUCCACGAGAUGGAAGAAGAGAAAACUGUGGCACACCAUGGUUAUUGGUCUUUGCAAAGUCAAGAAACCGGGAGUAUGCAUCACAGGUAAUGGAGGAUAUGAAGACAAACAAGAUAACACCUAGUGUCGAAUGUUAUGAGGAGCUUAUAAAGCUGUAUUGUGAUUUGGAGCAAUAUGAUAAAGCUGUGGAUAUUCUCAAUGAUAUGACUCAAAUCGGUCGUCCGGUUUCUUCCUUCAUAGGCAAUUUAUUUCUGUUGCACGCAUUGAGAACUAGGAAACUGUAUGAUGCUUGGGUUUCUUCAUCCGAGAAGGAAAAUCUAACCUCUGCCAGUUUGGUGUUGGGCCACCUAAUAGGUGUUUUUUCUGGUUGUGUUGAAGGAAACUACGAUGACGAGGAUAUGGAAGAACUGAUCCAGCAAAGCUUCCGUAUGGAUAUUUAUACAAAUAAUAUGCUUUUGAGGAGAUUAAGUUUGAAAGGAAUGGACUUCGCUUGUAAUUUUUUUCACAGAUUACAGAAAAAAGGGUAUGAACCAAAUCGAUGGACUUAUGAUAUAAUUGUCCAUGGUUUAGCCAAAGAUGGUCGGAAAUCAGAGGCUAAAAAAUGGAUGGAACGGAUGUUCAGUAAAGGGUUUCAUCUGACAGAAGUUACCCAACGUAUGAUCUAAGCAUGACCGAAAGUUCAGUUUUGCAAGGUUCAUAAUAAUGGACAAAUGUGUAACCUCCAAACAUAUAUGUGAGUUAUUCACAUUUUUACUCACAGUAUACAUUUUUGUUUGUAGUUGUGCUCAUCCUUGAAUUAUUCUUCUUCACGGUACCUCGGUACUGCUUGUGUGUAUAGAUUUACUCAUCUUUGAUUUAAAGAGAGGAUCCUAAUAUAUCUGGUUAUCCUCAAGUUGCUUUUUUUUUUCUUUUUUGGCUUAUAUCAGUUGCUUCUUCAUAUCUCAUUGAUGCUUACUAUGAACACAACACUCUCAAUUUGCAUAUUUGAAGUUAGCUCAUGAAAUUUGAUAUCUUGUCAAGGCAUUUCAUAUAGUGUUAUGAUUGGGUCAAAUGUGAAUUAUACAUGAUAAUGUGUGGGUUAUUCUCAUUUUUCUUUUGUGCCGAUUCGCAACUGCAUAUGCUAUCCUUUAGGGUCUCGGAUAGUUACGAUGAUAAAGACCUGCUGGAUUCUCGAGAUGAAAACACUGAGAGGGCCUUCGAAUUUGAUAAUCUGUCACUCUUGCGAGCUAUCAGUGCAAUGGAAAUAAUUGUCAUCAGUGUUGCAUUGUUUAGAUGCUUACCUUAGAAGAGGUCGCCCCUUGAGAAGUUCAUCAGUGUAAAAGGAUAUCGUCUAAUUUACAGUGGAGGAUGCGGAUUCUCAUUUACGUUCUCUCUGGACUUAUGUGGAAAGAGAAAACCGAGACCCGAUUGAGAAAGAGUUACUCAGAGGCACGAAGCUACAUUUUCUCUUCCAAGGGAGUUCUUGGAGAGAAGUAGCCACAUAUUUCCAGAUUGGCUGUUCGGCACUACUGCAUAGAAAAAUCCAUCUUCAACGUAUACCCAAAAGGUACGUGCGUAUGGUCUAGCCAUGUGUUACUUUUGGAUCUUAGCUCUUAAUAUCUUGAAAGUUGUGAGAAGGACCCGAAAAAUCUCAAAUGUUUGUACUCUACUGAAACAAGAAUAUGUUAUGAGGUGGAACCUACAGUUAACAAAAGGGAAGAGGGCGAUGGCAUAUUCAUGUAAUUGUUGUAUCUUUGAAUUGGGUAAAGUGUUAAUAUGGAAUUGUAUUGUCAAAA